AUGUUAAAAGUGUUGGCAAACGCAGAGCGAGCUUCAAUCUCAUCUAUUGCUGCGGUGAGACGAGGGGCCCCAUCUGAGACAUUGACAGGGUUCUUCACGCUGAAGCAAUCAAAACUAGAUGGUCAAAUGCCAGCCGUUGAUGAUGGUGGUUACUUGAGCAGCGUAAGAGUCUUCGGUGGUUUGUUGCCGGAGUUAUUUUCCAGUGACAUUGCUCUCUCAUCUUCUGUCUCCAGAAACCUUUUCUUCUCCAUCUGUAUGAAGCUUUCUUACACUUCUUUCUCUACAGAUACUACAUAUUAACUAACAAGAAAUCUAGAAUAAAAUCAAAAGUAUUUCUCUAUGUAUUUUUUUUUCUAUAAAUAUUACUAAAUAUCACUAAAAAAUUGUGUAUAAAAAGUGAUUAUUUAGCUUCUAGAAGCAAAAGAGAUGGUAC